AUGUCUCUCGAUCCGACUAAGCUUCCCGAUCCUCCGAUGCCAUCUUAUACUUUUACAGUUUACCAUCGCGAUGUAUUUGAAAAAUCAAAAUUCAAGGACUACGACUCGUUACUUGAAAAUAGACUUGCGCGAUGUAAUGCUAGAGCAAAAUAUUUAGCUUCGGUUCUUGAAUCUCAAAAUGGUGCACAAGGAGGUGAGAUGCUCGAGCUGGUCCCAAAAUCAACCGAUAUUUUCUACGGGGGUGGUGAGUAUGUCGCGUCUUUUUUGAUUGGUACUCAAAUGAUAAAAAAUUACUUGUUAAUAGACACUGGAAGUGAUUUAGUUUGGUGGCAAUGUGGACCAUGUGUGGCGUGUUACAAACAAGAUCAACCUCUAUAUGAUUCUACUGCAUCCAAAACAUUUCGAAUUAUAGGUUGCAAUCGACAUGCUUUAAGGUGCAGGACUGUGGAUCCAGCCUUUCAUUGUAAUCAAGAAAAUUUCGAGUGUAGAUAUGAUAUGAUAUACGCGGAUCAUUCACAAACAAAAGGUUUCAUAGCAGAUGAUGUGAUUACUUUUAAUUUAGACCAUCGUCCGGUUAGGGUCACAUUUGGAUGUAGCAAAGAUCAAACUGGUGAAAAAAAAUUCAGCGCUUUCGCUUCUGGGAUUCUUGGCGUUGGUCGCGCUGUUCAAUAUUCUUUACCAUCGCAAUUUGGGGGGCACGUAAUGUCCAUGGGGCAGUUCUGA